AUAUUGCUCUGUGAACUCCUGAGAGUGGCACAUCCUAAUGUCCAGUGGGAACCAGUAAGUGAUGGAGUUAUGCUGCGUAGAGUCAGACUCAUGGACAUGACUAAACAUGUCUUGGGUGACUGUGGGAGACCUAGAGAGGAUCUGUCCAUCCGUGCCCUUGAUGCAGAGGGCCCACAGUAGCAGUAUAGGCACACAGAUAAAGGAGCAUUUAUCCAGGGGCAGGUAGCACACAUGAAUGCGUGUGUGUGUGUGUGUGUGUGUGUGUGUGUGUGUGUGUGUGCGCGUGUGUGUGUGUGUAAAGACAGCAGUAUCUCCUGAUCUGAGAAAGACCUUAGAGCGGACCUCCUGCUGGCACAGGCUUUAUAGCAGCCCUGAGCUCUGUUACUCCAGUUUCACACAAGAGGAAGGUGGCCACAGAGAGGUUGCGACACUUAACCCUGUGAGUGGCAGAACUUGCACUGGGUGCUGAAGUGUGAUUCCAAAGCUGAUCAGUGUGAUAGCUAAACAGCCCCUGCUCCUCCAACAUGCUGCCAGUAGGAUACCAAAGUGGUGUUUGUGUGUGUGUGUGUUUUAUUUCCUAGUUCAUAGUUACAAGAUUUUAUUAAGAAAAGAAAGUCCAAACCUAAUGGUAUUAAUUCUUCUGAAUAUAUUUUUGUAGUCAGAAAACUAUAAUGCAUGUCUGUAUUGGCUUAUUAUUAUUAUUAUUAUUAAAAAGAUGAGCAUGUUUCUAGACUGUAGUGAUUCAUUUUCUUCUUGGCUGCAUCACAUUUCUUUUAAGAAUUCAAGCUGGGCAUGGUGGCAUACGUCUUUACCCCAGUAUUUGGGAGGUAGAGACAGGUGGAUCGCUGAGUUCAAGGCCAGCCUGGUCUACAGAAUAUUUCUUUUUAGUAUUUAUUUUAUGUUUUUGUUGUCUUCUGUGUGCUGGGAAUCAAACCUAGGGCUUUAAGCAUUCUGGGCAAGUACUUUACCCUUGACCUAUAUCCCUAGCCCUAACUUAAGCAAACAAACAAAAAAACUUAGUAGUGUUUUUUUUUUUUUUCUCAUCAGAAUGAACUCAUUUUCAUGUUAAAAUGCAGCUUAAGGAUUUUAGAAUCCAGUACAAUGUUCAAACUGUUAAGAAACCUAUCACAUGCCCCCAAGCAUUUUCCCUUCCAUUUGGCGCCCCUGAGAAGGAUGGUCACUUAGUGAGCAUUAGCACAUCAGUUGGAACGCUGUGAGUCUGCAGAAAGCUGUAGUUAAUGUGGAAUUUUUUGAAACCAUUGGCAAACAAUACUGUUGAGGAGGGAACGGUGUGCUGGUUAGAAAUGGAAAAGAACCGAGGAGUUCCAGGCAAGGUGCCCUGACCCUCCUGGGACUCAUCUCCUCAUCUCUUUUGGUCCCCACACAAAUGUCACGACUUCAGGGCAGCUUAGCCUGCUAGCCCUUGCUCAGAUAGCCACUCUGUUGUCACUGUCGUUCUGCCUGGCCAAGGCUUCUGUGACUUUCCACUACCCUGUAUAGUUACGUCUUUGUUCUUAGUCUGAUUGGUGAGAAGUGGUGAGAGCAAAGGCUGGUCAUUUUCUGGGACGGUCACUGCUGUACCCCAAGUGAUCAGUGAAGUCAAGGUGCCAGCGAAGAGCAAGAGGCAGUGACUUUCUGUGUAAGGACCAGAUAGAAUGAAUGGAAAGUGUGAUAGGCCCUUCUCUGUGACUACCCCCAGCACUGCCACUGUGACACUGAAGACAAAUGGCUGUAACUGUCAAGUCAGACUUUAAAGGUGAUGGCCCAUAGUAUGGCAACCCUAGUGAACUGGUUAAGAGCAGAUGGCAAAGCCCAGGUACAUCUGGAUGCUCUGAGUACUAGGGCAGAUGUGAAAAGUAGGGUUUUUUUUAAGAUUUAUUUAUUUCUUAUUUAUUAUACAGCAUCUGCCUGCAUGUGUAUCUGCAGGCCAGAAGAGGGCUCUAGAUCGCACUAUAGAUGGUUAUGAGCCACCAUGUGGUUGCUGAGAAUUAAACUCAAGACGGUUGCAAGCACAGCCAGUGUUCUUACCUCUGAGCCAUCUCUCCAGCCUUGUGAAAAGUAGUCUUAGAGCUUUGCACAGAUGAAGCUUAGUGUCCUGAAGCUUCAGCUAUAAAGAUCCUGGGAUGGGUGCUUCCCAUUUGAGGUUUAAUGUCAGCAGGCUUUUUCUCCUCGCUUUUGUUUAUUGACCAGGCUGGUCCAGAGCUUGUGCACUUAAAACAAUCUUCUCUCUUGAGCCUCUCGAGCAGCUGGGGUUUCAGGAGUCUGCUACCAUGCCUGGUUUUACGCUCAUGCUCAUCUCAUUGUUGAAGAUGCUUUGUCUAUUUGAGGACACCAUGUCUUUCCCCAUGAGCACCAACUGCCAAGUGGGUGAAGUAGAGACCUUCCAGCCAUGCAGAAGUAGAGGAGGGAGAUUAAAGCCCUUUGGUGGCCCCAACAUGCCAAGACAUGCCCUUUGAGUGCCCUGGAAAAAGUGUACUCACUGCCAUGUUACUGCUGUGUCCCUGGGAGUGACUCCAGUGCUCAGAGUAUUUGAACUGUUGCUGAUCUCUCUCCGGUCUUGUCUCUGUUCCUAACAGAGGAGGCAACCUGACACUCUUACACUUCUUGUUGAGUUUGAAAACUGCGGCUGAGGAUGAGCUGGUGGCCUCGCUUGUGGUGAACAUCCUGAAGGUGUGCCCAGACCUGCUGACCAAGUACUUCAAGGAAGUCACAUUUUCCUUUCUCCCAAGAGUCAAGUCCACUUGGCUAAACAAUGUGAAGCUGCUGAACAAGAGCACCUAGUGUGCAAGCCUCCUGAGUCUCAUGAGAAGCACUCACCUUGGGCCAGCAUGGGAAAGCUGCCCUGUGCCAUCAUCUGUUUUGGAGCUACUUCGGAUCUACGCGGCCCAGCCAGAGAUUUCCCGGGCCUUUUGGACCAGAGAAUUUAUCCCCUUGCCAAGGCUCCUGGCGAUGGUGAUGGUGACCACAGUGCCUCUGGUGUGCAAUAAGAUCAUGUUCACUCAGGCGUUAAAUUUGGACAGCAUUCCUGUGCGACACUCAGCAUUAUCCCUUAUUUCAGUCAUUUUGAAGAGAGCAUUAAAAACAGUUGACCACUGUCUGGAUAAAGAGGCAUGGCAAAAUUCAGGCGUUUACACAGCUGAGAUGAUGGAAGAAUUUGUUCAGCUCUUCAGAGAAGCCUUGAGCAAGAUUUUGCCAGAUCUGAACACAGUUAUUUGGGUCUGGCAGUCAUUUAAAAAGCAAGAGAUUAAACAGGACCACGGGAAAGGGAAGAAGAGUAAGAUUCCUGCGGUAUCUGAAGCUGUCCAGCUCGACGAUGCAGAAACCAUUCUUCUGAAAGCUGUUUUGCUCCAGGUCAUAUGCCUCUACCAACAGGUUGUUCCCUACAUGGUCACACAGUACAACUUUGACUUCAGCAAGCUCCUAAAAGGCAUCGUCUCCGAGCAGGGCCCUCCUGAGGAGGUUCCUCCCAUCCUGCAGCAUCACAUGCUGAAGGUAGCCCUGGAACUUCCUGCUAACAAGUUUCUGUGGCUAAAGGCACAGGAAGGCCCCGAUGCAGAAAUCAUUGGAGGAGAACGCUCGGUUUUUUACCUUUUGAUGAAGAUGUUUGUGAAUAGCAGCCAUUUUCAGCUCAAGUCAUCCACUAAACUUCUGAUCAUCAAGAUUCUUCGGGACACAGGAGUGUUCGAACAUACUUGGAAAGAGCUAGAGCUGUGGCUGGAGCACCUGGAUAGCACUGCAGAAGAGCACAAGGAAACCGUCAUUCAGUUCCUGGAGCGGAUUUUACUGACACUCGUGGUGAGUCCUUACUCAUAUACAGACAAAACUUCUGAGUUUGUCCAAGAAGCCAGCACCCUUCAGGCCACUGUGGGGAAGCAAGAUACAGAUGAUGCCAGCAUUCCCAUCUCCCACAUCGACGAUGUGCUGGACAUGGUGGAUGUGCUGGUGGAAGGCAGCGAGGGCCUGGAUGAAGACAUUGGGUUCUUGUUAAAUGAAGAGAUGAUUCUGCUCACCUUCCCUUUCAGUGCUCUGGUCCCUGCAGCUCUGGAAGCCAGGAACAAGCUGCUUGGGACAGAAAGUGAAGCAGGGGACAGCAUCAUGGCAUACCUCACUGCAGUGCUGACCGACCUUCUUCACACCCAGAGGGACCCCCUAGCUCUGUGUCUUCUGCUCCAGUCUUAUGACAAGUUUGAGCCUGCCAGCCUGCUGUGCCGUCAGCAGCUUGCCCGAUUUCACAGAUACUACAGUCUCUGGAUUCCUGACCAAGCCCAGGAGACCUUGCCACUGCAGGUGUCCAGUAGCUCUGUACCCUAUAGCCCCACCUCAUCUUGCUUCUCCACCUUGCUGCAAACAGCAUAUGAAAGCCGCACACUUGGGGAUAAGAACGUUCAGACAAAGCUGCUAGCCACUGUCCCAUGCCUAGCUCUGCAACAGGUGCUGCGCUCAGCCAAGCAGGUGCUGCUGUACUUGAGGAGCACUGUGGAGAACUUCAGCCAGCUGGGCAGAAGUGUGGGCCCGACCUUCCUGCAGUUCCUCUUGGAUCUCCUUAAGCAGCUGGUUGUCCACUCUGCGCAGCUGGACACCCAGAACCAGCAGAAGUUAGAGGCUGCCCGUGCCGAGUCUGAUCUCUUUUUGGACAUGGAGUCUGUGACUUCACUUGAGUUGGCCACUGACAAGACAGUAGAGGAGGUGCUGGUGGCCAUCCUUAAACAUCCCACACUGGAGAGUUGGUUUCUAGCCCUGGAGAAGAAAGCCUUGCCCCCGCACACUCUCAGCCCCAUCCUUGUGAAGCUCCUAGCAGCCCACUUCAGUGCAGGGGUCCUUCAGCUACUGGUGGCAAGUUCCCCAGUUCUCCAUAAACUGGGUCAGUUGGGCCUCCUGGGAAAGUACUCAGAAGCCAUCACCCAAAGUGUGUUGAGAGAGCUACGCACCAGGAUUGGGAACUCUGCCACAACAUCCAAGACCCUGCCUCAGCUGGAGGCCCUGCGAGAGCUGCACCCGUACAUGGAAAGUGUCCAGAUCCGAGAGGUCACCCUGGCCCUACUGGGCCUGCCAGAGGCGCACCUGCUGACCCAGCAAGCCACACAGUCUUCAGGGAAGGAGAGACAACUAAGCAGUCUUGGAAAGACCCUGGUACAGCUGCUGGCGAGCAGCCACCAGGACCAGCUGCAGAGCUGCGAGCUCCUGUGGCGCGCCGAGUAUGUGCGAGGUCUGGGGGCUCUGCUUCCCACUCUGGCUGAGCAUGAGCUGGACACUGUAUUCCUUCAGACUCUUCAGAGAGACCCUGUGCUGGCCCCCACAGUCCCAACUGAACUGCUUGAAUACUGCCUGGUCCGACAGACAGAGGCAGCCCUGGGCAUUGCCAGCCUGCUCCUUCAGCACAGCAGCACCCAUCUGCUGAAGUUUGAGCUGUGGUGUGGGCAGCCUGGUGUGGGGCUCAGCCUGCAGGAGCACCUGGAUGACUUCCUCCCCCUUAUCCACGUGUACCUCCAGCACAGGACGCAAGGACACCCCUUGCUGCCAACAGGAGUGUCCUCUGCUGUCACUCCUGUCCUGAGGGCCUUGUGGAGACAAGUGCGAGACAGGUUUUUUCAUGGUGAUGAGCCUGCCCAGUGUGAGCUUCAUCUGGAGGCUGUGGCCCAGCUCGUUCCAUUUGCAAGAAGCAAAGACCUGCAUGUGCUCAUGAACCACUUACCCAGGUUGCUUCAGACUCUGAGCAGUCACAAGAGUUGGAUCGUGGCUGACUCUGUGUCAACUGCCUUGGCAGAGUCAGCAGAAGAGCUGAGUGCCUGGAGGAAGACCCUCCUUAGAUCCUGUAUGCAGUGGCUGGCUGUGUCCUUCAGUGGCCAGGAGCCAAGAGGUGAGAACACCCAGGAGAAGGAGAAGACAGUGCUACUCAGAGUAAGCGACUUGUUGCAUACACUGAAGGAGGUGGAGCCUGGUGACUGGCAGCAGUUUGUGAAGACAGGACUCAAGUUUCGGUACCAGGACCUCACCUUUUUGAAGACUCUGCUUGAUGCCACAAAACUGCUGUAUAGUCCAGAAAGCCCUGUGCACACAAAGCUUGUCCAACUUCCUGUGCUCCACAUGAUGCUCACCCAGCAUUCUCUGUUCUUGCCAACCAUGCUGACAUCUGAAGAAGAGAAAACUCCAGACAGUCAAGUAAAAGAAACCCUGGUGGACCUGAUGUCAGCAGUGGUGAGGCUGUGUCCUGCUGUUUGUGAGAGUAGCCACUUUGCUGUGCUACUUGGGACCUACAGUGCCACCCUCAGCGUCUUGGACCAGAAGAUUUUACUUCUCCUUCGAGUGUAUGAACAGAACAACCUCAGUCUCAUCAGCUUCAGGGUUCUGCUGUGGGGCCCAGCAGCUGUGGAACAUCACAAGACAUGUCGGAGCCUGGGCAAGUCGCUGUGGCAGCAGCCAAGUGUCGGGGACAUCCUCCGCCUGCUGGACCCAGACCGAAUGAUGCAGACCAUCCUGCACUUCCCGCAGUACCGGAGGCUACUGCCCACUGAGGACACAGGGGAGCCGCUGGUGUUUAAGGACAAAACUGUGAGAGUUGACCUCGACAGCCUCUAUGACCCCUGCUUUCUUCUACAUCUCUUUGGGGAACUGACCAGGCCAGAGUUUGUGGUGGAUUGUCGAAAGUUUUUGGAUUCAAACGCUCUGGGUCUAACUGUGGCAGCCCUCAGCAGCUAUGACCCCCAGAUGCGAGCUGCAGCCUACUAUGUCCUAGCAGCCUACUACUCACACCUGGAGGGAGCUCGCUUCCGGGAACAAUCCCAGGUUCUGUACCUGUUGGAUGUGGUCCGGAAUGGAAUUAAAACUCCAAACAUGAGGCUCCCUUUUAUCGUGGCUCUUUUCAUCGCGAAAGCAGCUCUGCAGAUCUUGAAACCAGAGGAGCACAUGUACUGGAAGAUCAGCAAGUUCCUGCUGUCACAUGAGAACUUGAACAUGGACAAGCUGCCAGGGUUCUACCAGUUCUUCUACAGCUCUGACUUCCAGCAAAAAACUGAACAAGAAUGGGUGUUGGGAAUUCUGCGGCAGGGGAUUAGAGACAAGCACUGUUAUGAGCUGUGCUCCAGAAGAGGGGUGUUCCCCAUCAUUCUUUCCUUCUUCAGCAGCCCCUUGUGUGAUGAAGCAGCUCAGAAUUGGAUUCUGGAAAUUUUGCAGAGUGUUGCCCACAUCACCAGAUGUGCCUAUGAAGUCAUACGUGACUAUAGCCUUUUGACAUGGGUUUUACACAUCCUUGAGAGCAGAUUUGUGGAGACUCAGCUACUCUCCCACAUGAUCUCCUUGCUACACACCCUGUGGGUGACCAACCUGGGCAACAAAGCACCAGAGGAUAAAAGCCAGCCGAAUUGCCAGCCUGGCUCCCAUGAGUCCCAGAAGAUGCUGGCCUUGCACUUGGUCAGUGAGUUCCUGUAUGUCCUCAUUGCACUUACGAAGCACCUGAGGCCCACCUUGGCCUCCACCCAACUCAUCAACUUCUUUUGGACACUUGAGUCUGUGCUGAGUUAUCGGGCCACCAUCAUAAAGGUCUUCGAGGAUAUGGGCCGAUUCACUGUGAACAAGGUGACACUUUCUACAAAAGAUGUCCUGGUCCUCUUAUAUAAGUGGAGCCUCAUUGGAGGAGACACAAAGCUCCAAGGAGACCUGAAAGCAGUUGUUGAGCAGCACCAAAUCAAGGACCUAAUGAAGAUGCUCAGGGAGAAGAACAGGCCUAUGACAGCUGCCCGUGCCAAAGGCCCACGAGGCCGAAAGAAGAAGCACGGAGAGGUGGAGGAGCCUGCGGAGCCUGAGCUGGAAGCAUCUAGUUUGGAGACAUGCAAGGACCUCCUGAGGGCCACACUGACCCACUGGGGGCCAGUUGUCCCCUUGCCUGGCUCCACUCAGGAGUCUGUGGGCCAGGCCACCCCCAGGAGCAAAGUGCUAGACCCUGCACAUGCUGCUGUGUCCCUAGUGGCUGGCUGGGUGCUGCGGUCAUUGGCUGACCGCCCCCUCAGCAGGGCAGAAGUCACAAGACUCCUUGACUGGCUCACAAGCCAUAUUUUGCCAUACCCAGCGGUGGUCACUGACUUUCUCAGUGACAGUACUGUGAAGAGUGGCAUCUUUAAGCUGUACAGUCACCACUGCAGUGUGCAGGGGCUGGCGGGGCCUGUGCUGGAUGUGGCCUGCAAGUUCAGCACUGUCAUGCUUCAGUUGUUGGUGGCCCAGGGCCGGAUAGAUAGCCCUUUUCACUCGGUGGUGGAGGCCCUGUGCCUUGAUUCUCUGAAAGAAAAGGAUGAAGCCAAACGAGCUCCCACAGCAUUCCUGCUGUCUCUGUAUAUUAAGGACAUCUGGCUGGGGGCCCAGCGGCCAGACACCUUCCUUGCUCACAUCCAAAUGGUCUGUGAAGCUGCAAAGGAUGUGCCACAUGAUGAGGCGGAGUCCAUUGUUUUGCUGUGCAGGAACAUGAGCUCCUCAGCCAAAGCUUGACUCUCCUGAGCAGUGCCCAGCAGGUUCCAGAAAGCUUGGGAGACGUGAACUGAUACAUUCAGCUGUUUUCCAACAAGAAAAGCUAAGAGGACUUUAUUUAACCGACCAACAAGGAAGGCCACGUGUUGACCUUGUAGUCAGAAUUGUAGUGACUGGAGCGCUGCCAGGCCACAAGGCCCAUGCAGGAUUCAGAGAGCUUCGAUCCCCUCUCCUGGGAGAGGGGCUGAGCAGUGCUCGGAAGUACAGAAUGGACUCAUGGUGUUUGAGCCUCCUGGCGUGUAUGACGGGCGUGUGAAGCUAUACUAAAGUCCCUAAGGCAUGAACCUUUCUUUGGGAAGACAGUCUAUUUUUUUAAGUUAUAUUUCAAAAAGGAUUUUUGAGUUCUAUAAUGUUUUGAUAAUAAAUAGCUAUUUUUGUGAGUUA